AUGGCGCCACACCUGCUGGCAGCGGGGUUUGCCGCGCCGCCUGCCGCUCCGCCCACCGUUCCAGCGGCAGCAGCAGCCGUGCCUCUCGCUCCACCCACCGCUCCACCUGGAGCGAGCCCACUGCCGCCACCGCCGCCGCCGCCGCGGACCCCCACCCCGGGACCGGCAGAGUUGCUGCGGCCGCCGCCGCGACCGCCAGCGACGCUCUUGAGAGAGACGCCGCUGCCGCCGCCGCGGCCCCCCACCCUGGGACCGGCAGAGGCGCCGCAUCCGCCGCCGCGACCGCCAGCGCCGAAAGACGCUGCCGAAGCCGCGCCGCCCGCUCCGCUUGGGCUGGCGGCGUGCCACGCCGCGGGGGAAACUGCACCCGCCGCGCCGCUCGCUGCGGGCGGGGAGCGCCCGCAGGACACAGCGGUUCCCAUCGCCGCGCUGCCUGAAGCCGUCUCAUCAGCAGCGACUUCGCUCUGUGAUCCACCGCCGCCAGCAGAAGCAGGCAGCCCUGUGCUGGACAACACAUCCAACCUGUUUGUUUCAUAG